AUGGGUGUAAUUCCUGAGACAGCUUUUGAAGAUAUGAUCAAUGUGUUAUCCAAAGCUGGCCGUGUCAAGGAAGCUUGCAACUUGGCCGAUGGAAUUGUGGACACAGGUAGGGAAAUACCAGGACGAAUCCGAACUGUUCUAAUCAAUGCCUUGAGGAAAGCUGGCAAUGCAGAUUUAGCUAUGAAGUUGAUGCACAGUAAGAUCGGUAUUGGCAUAGUGCAGUCCUUUAUCGCCUUCGAAGAGCUCUGGAAGGAGUUGUGCAUUGACAUUCGAGACGGCACUCUUAGUAAACGAAUCAAUCUCCCCAAAGUGCGAAAAGCUGUCUUGGAUAUCAUCUCCCCAAACCCAAUUCUGGCUUCGAAAAUUGAAGCUUGUUGCGAGGAGCUGGAGGAUUUGGAUUGGUUUGGUCUGAUUCCAAAGCUUUGGCCCAAUGCCAAGUAUGUGUACUCUAUAAUGACAGGAUCAAUGCAGCCGUAUUUGAAAAAACUCCGGCGAUAUGCAGCGGAAGUGCCGCUAGUAAGUGCAGAAUAUGGAUCAACUGAGAGUUGGAUUGGAGUGAAUGUGGAUCCUUGUUUGCCUCCGGAGGAUGUGACAUUUGCAGUGGUGCCGACUUUUUCCUACUUUGAGUUCAUACCACUUCAUAGACAGAAGCAAGAUUACAAUUUGGUCAUUGAUGAUUUCAUAGAAGAUAAACCAGUACCAUUGUCACAAGUCAAGGUUGGACAAGAGUAUGAGAUUGUCCUCACUACUUUCACUGGACUUUAUAGGUACAGGCUAGGAGAUGUGGUGGAAGUGGCAGGUUUCCACAAUGGAACUCCAAAAUUGAACUUUAUAUGCAGGAGAAAGCUUAUAUUGACAGUAAACAUAGACAAAAACACUGAAAAGGACCUUCAAAUGGUGGUGGAGAGAGGGUCUCAACUAUUGAGCAAGUCCAAAGCAGAACUGAUUGACUUCACAAGCCAUGCUGAUGUGCUGACCCAACCAGGCCACUACAUAAUAUACUGGGAGAUCAAAGGAGAAGUUGAAGAGAGGGUUCUUGGUGAAUGUUGCAGAGAAAUGGAUGCAUCUUUCGUGGAUCAUGGUUACGUUGUCUCGAGGCGAAGUAAUUCGAUCGGACCUCUAGAGCUUCGGAUUGUGGAGAAGGGAACGUUCAAGAAAAUUUUGGAAUAUUUCAUAGGAAAUGGAUCGGCAUUGAGCCAAUUCAAGACCCCUAGGUGCACUAGCAACAAGGUGCUCUUGAGCAUUCUCAAUUUAUGCACCACUAAAAGGGUUUACAGCACUGCAUAUGCUAAUUAGCAACAUUAUUGUAUUUGGCAAACGGAUAUGGAGGGUUAAAUUCUUCCGGAUCAGAUAAGUUACAUGUCAAAAUCAUGAGUUUGGAUCAGAAAUAAAGUUUAACUUUAUCUAAUGU